UAUCAAAUCCAUCUGAGUAAUCAGCGCUAUCUGCAAGGUUGGCUAUGACCUGUGACCCAGUCAGCCACACCCAUGAAUUCCAGAAAUUCGAGAAUACAGUAAUAAUUCUUCUAAAUCUCCACCUUCCUCACUAAGGAAUUCAAUUAGGGCAACAUGUAUAUAAAGGAGGAAGGGGCAUUGAUUCGAGUGUGGUUGGCGGUGAGUAAAUCGCUUCUCUUACUAUUGACCAAAAUCGAAACGCAAGCAGAUUUCAAACUCAGUAAGAGAGAGAUAGAAAAUGGAAACGAUGCCCUGUUUUUAUCGUUCAGAAAGAAAGGAGUUUGGUCAUGAAGAUCAUUCGUCUCUAGCAGAGCUUGGAGCUGGGAAUUUUGGGUGCUCGCAUUAUAAAAGAAGAUGCAAAAUCAGAGCUCCUUGUUGUAACGAGGUUUAUGAUUGCCGGCAUUGCCAUGAUGAAGCAAAGGUUCAGGACUCCCUAGAUACUGAUCCCCUUGAUCGACAUGUCAUUUCUCGUCACGAGGUUAAAAAGGUCAUCUGCUGUCUGUGUGGCAUAGAACAAGAUGUUCAACAACAUUGCGUUAGCUGUGGAGUUUGCAUGGGAAAGUACUUUUGCGCGAUAUGCAACUUCUAUGAUGAUGAUGUUUCAAAAGAUAUAUACCAUUGUGAUAAAUGUGGAAUAUGCAGAAUCGGAGGGGGAGAAAAUUUCUUCCAUUGUGAGAAAUGCGGAUGCUGCUACCCUAAGUCAGUGAAAGAUCAUCGCUGUAUAGAAAGGGCAAUGCACCAUAACUGUCCUGUUUGUUUUGAGUUUCUAUUUGAUUCAAGGAGAGAUAUUAGCAUAUUACGCUGUGGACACACAAUACAUUGUGAAUGUCUGAAAGAGAUGAGGCUGCAUGCACAGUAUUCAUGCCCUAUCUGCUCCAAGUCCGUCUAUGAUAUGUCCAACUUGUGGAAAAAGCUUGAUGAACUGGUUGCCUCAACUCCAAUGCCUCAUGCGUACAGAACCAAAAUGGUGGGGAUCCUCUGCAAUGAUUGUGGAGCUAAAGGCGAAGUCAGUUUUCACAUUGUCGCACACAAAUGCCUCAGCUGCAAUUCUUACAAUACUAAACAGACACAAGGAGGUCAUGGUGCUUCAUGCUUAUCAGAUCAUGUGGCUGAGAUAGUGAGAUGAGAUCAUGUCCAGUGACAUCAAAUGUGGUUGAGGGUUUCAGAUUAACUAGUUGUUAUUUUUUGUAAAUAUAGCUUUUCAGGUACAGUAGAAAAGUUGUUAAAUUGCAGAUCUAUUAGCUGAAUUUUGAUUGUUCCAUUACCUAAAGUAUGUCAUUAAUAAAUUCAUUCUUUUUCUUUU